AUGGUCCCCGUCAAGUCGGAAGCAAUGUUCUUCCACGACGGAACUGGCGGGGCGCCCCCACAAGCCUCAGUUAAAGCGGACGAAGUCAGUAUCCCGGUGGGACCCAAUCUCAAAUACCUGGGUCUCACCUUGUAUGGUCGUUGGAGUUUUGUCGAUCACUUCGACAACAUAGCCCCACGAUUGGGUCGUCGGGCCGAUGCCUUACUCGGUCUGAUGCCCAACCUUCGUGGUCCGAAUGAUGGCGUGAGAAGAGCGUACAUGUACGCGGUCCUGUCCGGGGCCUACUAUGGGGCCUCGGUAUGGAGUGAGGAAGCCCUGGCCAGCCGCCAUAUAAGGCAGAAGUUGCAAAGUGUGCAGAGGCGGCUGGUCUUGCGUAUCGCAAGGGCAUACAGGACCGUGUCACAUGACGUCCUAGCGGUCCUCGCGGGGGUCCUCCCGGCGGAGCGCGUGGCCGACGCCCUGGCGAAGUCAAGGUCAUUAGACUCCGGCCCCCCCCGGGGGGCGUAG